AUGCUGGCUAUACCUAAUCAGUCCAGUAAAAUGACUAAAGAAAAAUUAGAAAUGGCAUUGCAGUUGAGAAACAAGAAAAAAGACCGUGCUGAGCAGCAUAAAAAGAUGCUGGAGCUGCCGGAUUUACCUCGAAGCAUUGUAAAUAAAACUAAUUUCGCCGUGGAGAAGCUUGAAUUGUCAAUGCAGUUGAAAGAAAAAAUGAAGGAGUUGGAUGAAUAUCAGAAAAAAAUGCUUCAGCUCCAGGACAAGAUAAGUACUAGCACAAGAUUGACACUGACUAAAGAAAAAUUUGAAAUUGCAGAUAAAUUAGAGGAAAAAAUGAAAGACUUGCAGGAGUACCAGCAAAAACUUCUGGAUCUCCAUGAGCAGACCAGCAGAGAAGCUAGAAUGAUAACUGCGGUGGAAUUGCAGCUCGAGGAGAAAGAUAUUAAACUGGAGGCGUCGAUCAAGGAGCGAGACAAGCUGGAGCGCGAUUUGACAGCCGCUAAAUCGGAUUUAGCAGCCAUCAAGAGGACACUCGAGCUAGAACGUCAGGAGAGGAAAGAUUUAGAGACUACGGCUUUGGAUUUAAUAAAAGGCGCCAAGAGAAAAUGGGAAGCUGCUGAAAAGGAAAAAAUAGCCAGGCUCAAUAAACACAUCGAGGCUCAGACGGUGCGUAUCACUGAACUGUGUACCAGUAAUAAUGAAAUGAGUUCUAGAUUACAGAGGACCCAGUGUGAAUUGGAGACCACAAAUGCAGAGCUUCAUAAGUUGAAAGUUUUUCAAAUUCAGUACAAAGAAUCCUUGGCGAAAACACGAGAAUUAAGACGCCAGAGUGUUGCGGGAGUUGAAAAUAAACUUGAAGAGAUAGCUAACCGUGCUCACAAUCAAUUGGCUGAGGUGAGAAUGAAGCUGGAGAUGGAGAUAGCUAAAAAUACUGAGCUGGAAAGCGAACUGAGAAACGAGCGCGAUUCAAAUCAUUGUCGCAUGUCGCGUAUAAAUGUCGCUCUUGAGCUGGCUCAGUCGGAGCUUAAGGACUGCCAGGAGCAGCUAAGAAGCACCCAAGCUAUGAUACCAGCCCGGGAUCAAGAAAUAGAGACGUUGCGUAAGCAAUUGAAAGAAAGGACUCAACACAUGCAGAGUGUCAGCGUGACUGAGCAGACUGUGAGUAAUUUAAAUAAUGAAAUGAUGAAACUUCAGUUGGAAAAUGAACAGAUGAAAAAACAGCUGGAGAAUGCUAAGAGCGAUUUGAAUGAUACAUUAAAAAAUUUACGUAAAAGUGAACACUUGGCUUUGAAUUUGGAGAAAAAAGCCCAUGAUAAGGAUGAAUUGCAACUGCGCCUUGAAGCUUCGCAGGAGAAAGAGAAUGAACAGUUACGUAAGAUGGAUACACUUGAGGAUUUACUUCAACGUCUUCAGCAGAGUGUCUCGAAAUUAGAGUCAGAGAACGCCUGUUUGAGACGUUCUACUGACAAUUCUAAACCCUCUACCAGCCGUACGUCGGGAGUAACUUCUGCUCCUGCUGAAAAAUUAUCAAUUACUGACAAAACAGCGCUGGAGCAGCAGAUCGAUCGGUUGGAAAAACAGCUACAAGCUGCGAGAGAAAAAUCGACGGCUGAUCGUGACGCGGCUCGACAAGCCCAGCGGGAUUUAUGGAAGAAAGAAAAGGAAUUGUCUGACGCUAAUUUGGACAAGCGCAUCGCUGUAAGAGAAGCCAAGACUGCUGAAGAUAAAAUAAAGCGGCUUGAGGAGGAGAAGGCUAAAUUGACAGAGUCGCUGAAUAAAAAGUACAAGGAAGAGGAAGAAAAAUCAAAGAAAUUGUUGGCUGAGCUCGAGUCCGCUAAAGCAUCACUGGCUGAAUUCACUCGCGAGUCAUCUAGGAAUAAAUUACAGGCUGACUCGGCACAGCGAGCGCUGACGCAAACUAAUGGACAGAUCGAGGAGCUUCAAUCAUCCAGUGCAGCGUUGAGACGCGAGUUGGAUGCAACUAGGAAGCAAUUGCGCACUAAUCAGGAUCGUGUUGAUAGUUUGAAUGCCGAGAACAAGCGACUGACUCUGGCUAUUUCUAAGCACAAUGAAGAGAAGCUGGAGCUGGAGGCUAAGUUGGAGAAAUUAGAGCAAGAAGCUAAUGGUUACAAGGUUAAUAUUGAUUUGUUGAAGGAAACUUGUACUGUUCUUGAGGAGCAGUUGACUGACUAUGAAAGGCUGACGAGUGAUCAUGAAACGAGGGAGAAUACUCUGAUUCAGGACAAAAUGAGGCUUCAGAAAGAGCUGGAGGCGGUGGAACAGAAACUUCGGGAGGCUAAAGCUGCGCAGAAUGAAGAAAAGACCAAGAGGUUGUUGGCGGAGAGAGCUAUCGAACGUCUGGAGUCGGAAACGAGUGAUAUUGAGUCGGAAAGAAAUGGAUUGCACAGUCAGCGGGAUCAUUAUAAAAAAAUGGCUCAAGAUUUGAAUAAACAAGUCGGGGUAUUGACGACCCGCUGCGGAGAGCUUCAGUGUGACUUGGCUGAGCUGAAGCGUUCGCUGGAGUCUGCUAGAGGUGAGUCGGUCGUUGUUAAGGAAGAGUGUUCUCAACAUCUUACAAGGCUACAUGAAAUGAAGGACAUUAAUCAGGACUUGAUGGCAGAUUUGCAGUCCAGUAUUGACCAAGGACAAGAAUUGAGACUUAGGAUCGCGGAGUUGGAGAAUGUGUUGGAUGAAAUGAGACAGUUUUAUCAAGAACACGAAUAUAAGUCCGAAGGUACAAGACAACAGCAGACUAAACUUAUUGAUUAUCUUCAGCUUAAGCUUGAAGAGUGCAGCAAAAAGAAGAAAACUGUUUGUGAUAAGAUUUUUAAGAGCAAACAGAAGGAAAAUAUUGUUCCGAUUGGCGCUGGUAUGCCUGUUGGAUAUCGCGAGCUUGAAAAUCAACUCACUAGAGAACGUGCUAAAGUCAAGGCACUUACCGAGCAAUUGUUGGCUUACAAAGCCGCUGCGGCUUCAUCUGCUCCAGUCUCACCGAGUUGUGGAAGUCCGGAACUGAGAAAACACAUAUCUCAGUCUAAUAAUACUGAAGAAGAAAAUACUUUGUCUAGACAAAUGUCCAACCAACGAAUCCGUCAUAAUAUUCCUCAUCGCUUCAAUCUUGAGUUGUCGAUGCGAGCUGGAAAAUGCGCUGCUUGUCUAGAGCCAAUACAAUUCGGAAAACGUUCUGCAAUUUGUAGUGAGUGUCAAAUAUUAACACACUUGAAAUGUUCUUUAUUAGUUCCGGCAAAUUGUGGGCUACCUGGAGAUUUUGCAAAGCACUUGGGCAAAACUUGGAAAAAUAGUGCCGAAAGUAUUUCUACUCUUUGCAGCAGUGUACAGACUUUGACGAUUGACGAGCCAGACUUUGGGGAAUUUAAUCCAAAACAUUUACGCAAUAAUGAAGGUAUAAUUGCUGAAAGUUGGGUGAAAAUUCCUGGCAGAGGAAAAGCCUCGUGGGACAGAAAAUAUUUGCGCUUAGAAGGAACUAGUCUCUGCAUUUAUGAGCACAAACCAAGUCAAGGCAUGGCUCCAAUAAGUAAAAUGGAGUUGACAGACAAAUCGUCGUAUGGAUUCACCAUUACUGAGGAAGUUUAUUCAGCUGAAGUACCAGGAACAGCAAAAUCAGACUUGCCGUUUAUAAUUCGCGUUGAAUCGAACACUUCAAACACUUGCUGGCCGACUUCACGCCUGGACAUAAUGGCUCUCAGUCAAGUAGAGAAGAAAACUUUGGUCAAUGCUCUCAAGUCAAUAGCCCACCAAAACGGGACGAAAGAAAACGCUAAAAAUGCAAUGCUGCAAACGGUCCUGAGAUUGGAGAAAAAUCGACUGGAUAUGAACUGCAUUGUUGAGCUGGAGCAAGAGAACACACUGCUUAUUGGAGCUGAAGAAGGACUCUAUUCGUAUCAACCAGCACACUCAAAGAUGCUAACUGCCAUACGAGGAGUCAAGCGUGUUCAUCAGUUGUCUUUACACCCGCAUCUUAAUCUCGCGCUGAUGAUUGCUGGGGAAGAUCGGCAACUGGUUUGCUGCGAUCUUAGACAGCUGAAGAACAAUGCAGUCGCUGCUGAGUGCUCAAGACCCGCUAUUAGUGUCACGGGUAUUCUCACGGGUUCUGAUAGCUGCCAUUUGUAUCAACUAGAAGGAGAUGUACUUUGUGCUGCGACAGCUUCCUGUGUUAUUUUAUUAAAAUGGCGCAGUGAUAGCGAGCGCGGGGAAUUUAUUGCGAUUAAAGAAAUCGAAACGCAAGAACCUUGCAGCUGCGCUAUUUUCACCAAAAGAAAUCUCAUUGUCGGGUGUCAAAAGUUCUUCCAAAUAGACUUGAAGGAUUAUAUGAUUGAUGACUUCCCUGAGGAAGACGACAGUUCAAUAAAAGCUGCUCUUGCUGGAGUUGCUAAGUUGGGAAUAUUUCCAGUUGCUGUUCUUGAUGUUUCAACCUCGGCCCAAUCUACGGAACUAUUAUUGUGCUAUAAUGAAUUCGGAGUCUUCGUCAAUGAAUGUGGUCAACGAACUCGGUCUAUCGAUCCUACUUGGAGUCAUUUACCUUUUUCUUUCGCGUUCCGCAAGCCUUAUCUUUUUAUCGCCCACUUUUCGUCGGUGGAAGUUAUCAAAUUGACACCGGAUGCGUUUUCUUCGGCAACAAAGGGUCCAGAGAAAACAUUGAUUGAGUUGAAUAACCCUCGGUACUUAGGAUCUGCUGGGUCUAAAGGAAUUUACUCGGCUGUUAGUAAUUCUACGUUGGAUAUUGUUAAAAUUGACGGAGUUGCUUCGAUUCUCUCAAGGAUGAGCGAUAGUUUGUCAAGCUUAGACUCCAUCUUUACCCCCAGUCUUCUAGAAACACUCGAUAAUAAUACGAGUAAGCGAGUUCACUUUGCCAAUAUUUCUAACCUAUUCAUAGAUUAA